AUGACCAGAGAAGAAAUGACAGAACCCGACGCUUUCCCCUAUGAUAACUUUGGUUCUGGUACCGAAGAUGCAGUUUCUUGCUUUAAUAAUAAUAGAAUAGCCGUUGUUCCGGGUUCGAACGCCGUAACGGCGGUAGACGUUAGCAAUGAGAGUGUUGCCGUAACAACUACCUCUUCUACGGCUGUCACAACGAACAACGGUACCAGCACCAACACGAACUCACACUCUUUAUUUGAACACACUACACCUUUCAUCCAACCUACUGAUCAAACAGUUCCCGAGAGUACAAACGAAGAAGCACUUAAUGAAGAGACAACAAAUGAGGCCCCUGAUUCGGGGGACGUGUCCAAUUCUCAACUUACCCUUCGAGCUUUAGUUUCUACAAAGGAAGCCGGAGUUAUUAUUGGUAAGGCUGGUAAAAAUGUAGCGGAACUCCGUGAGACCACUGGUGUGAAGGCUGGCGUGUCUAAAGUUGUGCAGGGUGUGCCUGAUAGAGUUUUGUCUGUUGCUGGAACUUUGGAUGGUGUAUCAAAGGCGUAUUCUCUUAUCGCGCAAACUCUGCUUGAGAAUCCUGUUGGUGCUAGUCCUAAUUCUACUCCUAUUACUCCACCUCCGAAUGCAUUCACUUCUGUUCGCUUGCUCAUUUCCCAUAAUCUUAUGGGAACAAUCAUCGGUCGUCAAGGACUCAAGAUCAAACAUAUUCAAGAUGUUUCAGGUGCUAGAAUGGUAGCUACGAAAGAGAUGCUUCCUCAGAGCACCGAAAGGGUUGUUGAGGUUCAAGGAACCGUUGAAGCUAUAAAAGUUGCUGUCUGGGAGAUUGGCAAAUGUCUGAUUGAAGACAAUGAACGUGGUAUUGGUACUGUGCUCUAUAAUCCAGCUAUUCGUGUUACCACAUCAUACACUGGCACUCGACGUACAAGUGAUUACACUCAACGUACUGGCAAUGGUACCGAUUUCACGAGACCAACUCGCAGUAAUAGCAAUACCUCUGUUACUCCCAGUAAUAGUAACAACAGUGAUUAUCAUAAUAAUCGUCGACCUUCCUCUUUCGAUGCAGCAGUAGUUAGAACUCAAAACAUCUCAAUUCCCGCUGAUAUGGUUGGUUGUAUUAUUGGUAAAGGUGGUUCAAAGAUUUCUGAAAUUCGUAGACUUUCCGGUUCACGUAUCAGCAUUGCAAAGACGCCUCACGAUGAAACUGGCGAAAGAAUGUUUACUAUUCAAGGAACUCAAGAAUCAAAUGAGAAAGCAUUGUUUCUUUUGUACAAUCAACUUGAAAUGGAAAAGGAACGUCGUUUGAAUGCUACUUCGACAGGCGGAGAUUCGGACGCAUGA